AUGUUCACCUUAGCCUUCGUCUGCACUCUAGCCACGAUGCUUCUUGCACAGCAGGUGGUCGACGAUGUGACAGCGGAAAAGCGGGUCAGAUCGUUUGCAUUUGCUAAGCGCUCACCCUAUAGGCAAUUCGCAUUUGCCAAAAGGUCCGAAGACGAUGAUGAGGAAGAGGUCGAGAAACGAGCUCGAUUCGCAUUCGCUAAGAGAUCACCAUACCGUCAGUUUGCCUUUGCUAAGAGAGCAUCUCCAUAUGGUUUCGCGUUCGCUAAACGAGGGUAUUCCUUGUUCGCAUGA